CCACCACCUGUUAUCAUGGUCAACGACAAACCCAAGUUCAAGGACCACUACUGCAAGAAACCCAAGUUCUGUGACGUCUGUGCUCGCAUGAUAGUCUUGAACAACAAGUUUGCUCUGAGAUGUAAAAACUGCAAGACCAACAUUCACCAUUCAUGUCAGUCUUAUGUCGAGUUCCAGAAGUGCUUUGGAAAAAUUCCACCUGGCUUCAGAAGGGCCUACAGCUCCCCCCUGUAUAGCAGUGACCAACCAGAUCCAAACAACCCAAACAGGAACGACCCCGUCUUUGACACCCUGCGUGUUGGUGUCAUCAUGGCAAAUAAGGAGCGCAAAAAGAACGAGGGUGACAAGAAAAAUAUGCUGAUGAUGAUGGAGGAAGAGGAAGAGGAGAACCAACAGCCCAAAGAGAAUGAAGAGGGAGGAGAGGGGAAGCCUGAUGAUAAGAAGGAGAAAGGAGGAGACAAAGCAGAUGACAAGAGUAAAGGAACAUUCUCCCAUUCACACUUUUUCCUGGCUCUCUACCGCUUCAAGGCCAUAGAGAAAGAUGACCUCGACUUCCACCCUGGUGAUCGGAUCACAGUACUGGAUGACUCCAAUGAAGAGUGGUGGAGGGGAAAGAUGGGGGAAAAGUCAGGCUACUUCCCUACAAACUACCUCAUAAAAGUGCGUGCAUCAGAGAGAGUUUUCAAGGUGACACGCUCCUUUGUUGGGAACAGAGAGAUGGGACAAAUCACACUGAAGAAAGAUCAGAUUGUAGUGAAAAAAGGAGAUGAGAAAGGUGGCUACCUGAAGGUCAGCACUGGACGCAAGCUGGGCUACUUCCCUGCGGAUCUGCUCGAGGAGAUCAUUGUGACAUAAAAAAAAACAUAAUGGGAAGGCCUGAACAGCAUUUUAUAUAUCAUGUAACAAGAACUUUCAGUAGUGUUUGAUAAUGGCAUUCACAAUUACUGACUAACUUUGCUAGUUAUUAUGUUAAAUUUGGUGACACAGGAGAUGAUAGAAAAGGCUUUCAUAGUCUGAAAAAGCCUGUCAUUCAAAUGUAGACUUAUAAAAUGGGUAAAGGACACUCAGAUGAUUUAGUAGCUUUUUAUUUUGUAAAUAUCAUGCCAACACUGAUGUUCAGAUGCUUUGAAUUACUGCAUGCAUGCCUGGAGACAUACAGGACCCCUGAGGCACUUUCAAAGAAGUUAUCACUAAGUGUAUCAGCUGAUGGGACAGUUGAGAGUUAUGUGGCUUCUAUUGUUCUACUUAUUUUUCAUCAAGUGGAUAAACACACAUGUUUUUCAAGAUAAAAAUAAGAGAUGUGUUUGAUAAGACUUUUAAAUGGAAAAUUAA